CUCUCUAUAUCACCUCUCCUCUCCUCUCUAUAGCCGACGGACGGCUCUUCUUCUCCACGACGAGAGUCGCAGAGAGGGAGGAAAGCCUCCUAGUUCCCUCUCUCUCUCACAAAAAAAUAGUUUUUUUUUUAAGAUUUUGUUAUCAUAAUACUUAUGAGCAUGGCCUCAAUACAUAGAUCAUUCAUCACCUUCUCUCCCUUGGCCUUGAUGCGGACGUAGUAGUCCAACAACCCACAGAUCAUCAUCGCCGUCGUCGUCAUCAUCAUUUUUAUUACAAAAUGUCAUCCUUUUCUGUGACUGUAUAUUUUCAUCAAGAUUCUAUAAAACCAAGCUAUCAUCAUGGGUGCCUGCAUAUCCAAAUCAGGGAGUAGACACAGACCACGGUACCCUCCCAGAUCCAAGAAAUGCCAUGGAAGGAUUGUUACUUCAGCUCCUGAUGCACCCAAAUCCCAGAUUGGCGAUGGGAAUUGCUUGACAGAUUUUGCUCUUAGUGAGUUUGUUCAUGUGGAGACUGAUUCAACAGCUCAUCGAAAAUCUGAGGCUUCCAACUUGACAUUGCAUCUUACUCAGGUGCAAUGGCACCAUAGUCAGGUGGAUGAUAAUGAUGCAGGGUUACGCCAAGAGGAUACAUGGUUUGACUCUGUCAGUAUUCUAGAAUCUGAUGAUGACGAUGAUUUCAGAAGCGUCCAUGGAGACUGUUUUCCAUCUGCAAAUGCAACUGAGACUCAAAAGCUGCAGUAUAAAAAUGCCUUUAGGGAUGCCAUGUGCAAGUUUGAGGAGUUUUGUGGGAGCACUCCAGUAGCAUUGGAUGUUGAAAAAUAUUUGAAAAGAGAUGGAGGAAAAACUGGCAAAGAUGAAUUUAAAGAUCUCGACCGAUUUGCAAUGAUAAGUCCGCAUCGUUACAAGCUUUCUAUGGGAAAGAUUGAUGAAGCCAGAUUUAGAAUGAAAGGCGCCGAAUUUUAUACCAAGACAAAGACUUUGGUAGACUCAUAUGGUAGCUUUAAAGGUUUUAAAAAACAUGACACAGAAGAAAAAUGUCAUGAGAGCAGGACGCCAUCUCGCGUACGUAAGCUAGUUCCUUCUGUAAGCUUUAACGAUAAGAUUCAAAUGCCAAGUGCUAGCCCACAGUGUCAAAAAAGGAAGACAGCGGUUUUAAGGCUUUCUUAUAAGAGGAAGUCUUAUGAUGGAGAAGAUGCAACUGCAUUUUUAGGUGCCUCAAAGCGAUUAUUAUUCCGUCCGAGAGGAGGGCUCGUAAUUCCUUGUUCUCCAGGGGAGAAACCAACAUCAGGAUGCUGGUCUCUUCUUGAUCCUUCCACUUUCAAGCUUCGUGGAGAAACCUAUUUCAGAGACAAGAAGAAAUCUCCUGCUCCAAACUAUGCCCCAUACUAUCCAAUUGGUGUUGAUAUGUUCGUAUGCCCACGCAAAGUACAUCACAUUGCUCAACACAUUGAGCUUCCACAUGUCGAGCCUCACGACAAAUUUCCCUCACUCCUGAUUAUUAAUAUUCAGAUGCCUACUUAUCCUGCUGCAAUGUUUCUUGGUGAUAGCGAUGGGGAAGGCAUAAGCCUUGUAUUAUACUUUAAAAUUUCUGAUUGUUUUGACAAAGAGGUUUCUUCCAAUUUCCAAGAAUGCAUAAGGAGAUUUAUUGAUGAUGAAACCGAAAGAAUUAAAGGAUUUGCAAUGGAUUCCCGAGUUCCUUAUAGAGAAAGGUUGAAAAUCUUGGCUGGGUUGGUAAAUCCUGAGGAUCUCCAUUUAAGUUCUGCAGAAAGGAAGCUCAUACAAGCAUAUAAUGAAAAGCCAGUGCUUUCACGCCCUCAACACAAUUUCUAUCAGGGUCCAAAUUACUUUGAGAUUGACCUGGAUAUACAUCGCUUCAGCUUCAUAUCAAGAAAGGGUCUUGAAUCAUUCCGAGAUUGUCUAAAGAAUGGGAUUCUGGAUUUGGGUUUAACUAUCCAGGCCCAGAAGCUGGAGGAACUUCCAGAACAGGUCCUGUGCUGUGUGAGGCUGAACAAGAUCGAUUUUGUUAAUCAUGGCCAGAUCCCAACUCUUGUGACACUCGAUGAUGAUUGAAGCCUGUGGGAAGUAUUGUUGCUCAAGCAUUUGCAUCCAAUUCAUGGGCUGGAAGGGGGAUGAGGAAAAGAGGCUUUGAUGCUAAACCCUUUAUGUAAACAAUGCAAGCCUAUUAAUAAUUUCUCUCUCUAUCUCAACACAGUACACUCAGAAAUUCAGUUCCAACAUAAUAAUAGCGCCUUCUAUAUGAUACUAGUUGAAAAUGAAUCA